AUGUGGUCCUUGAAGAGUAGGCCGCGCUCCACUAUCAUCCCCAGGUAUUUCAUCUUGUCCUUCGGCUGGAUGGUUUGCCUGUCGAGUGUCAGCCUUGGGGUUUCAUACUUAUAUUUGUUGGUGAACACGAUCGCCUCGGUUUUGUGUACUGCCAGUGACAGUCCCAGGUUCCGGAUCUCAUCGGAAACCAAGGAGAGCGUCUCGUUGGCUAUUGUUUCCAGCUCUGGUAUGGUUUUCCCCGAGCUUACGACUAAGGUGUCGUCAGCGAAACCGAUCAGUCUGGACCCCCGUGGGAGUUGGAGUUGGAGAAUCCGGUCGUAG